AACAUUAAUAAAACGACUGUGGCCGAUCCACAUCUUAUCCGAGGACAAACGCGGUCGCUAGACCCACGUGAUAUAUGCCUUACGAGACUUCGGCGAGAAAGGCGACUCGUCAGUUUUCCACGUCGUUUCUCUACGGUAUGUCGAUGGAUGAUACCGGAAUCAACGAGGAGAUGUCAUUUGUGCUUGAUCGGGUACCUGUGAUGGAGCAAAAUUCGGACGAAUAUCGCGCCGAAUCGGCGAAGAAUGAGUCCGAGAACGAGAGUAAUGAGGAGGAUUACAGGCGUUCGCCGGUGUUGCUCGACCUGGAUGAGAACUCAAAACAGCAGCAACAGAAAGCUGCGAGUCGGGAAGUGAGCUCACCGAGUUCCGCGGUGAAUCAGCAGGAUCAAGGAUUACUUCCAGAAGAAACUACGCGUUCACAGCCUAUAAGAAGCAGAUGGCAAGAAACAAGCUACGAGGCGCGAGGCGAGCAGACUCCCGAGGGAGAGAGAGUGCUCGUGAUUAGAGUACCGGAACCGGAGAUAAUCAGCGGACACUCGCAUCUCGAGAUGCUCCACGAAGCCAACAUCAAAUCGGUGCAACGGGAACCGUCGCAGACUGAGAAAGGUGCGGCAAUGUCGAAUUGCGCGUCGCCUGACUACAAGAAGUCAGCGUGCGAUCGCGAGCGCACACGAAUGCGCGACAUGAAUCGCGCAUUCGAGCUACUACGGUCGAAGCUACCGAUAUGUAAGCCUCCGGGCAAGAAGCUCUCCAAGAUCGAGUCGUUGCGCCACGCCAUCACAUACAUAAGGCAUCUGCAAAGCUUGUUGGAGCCGCAGUACAGCUAUCCUAUGCCCAGCGUGCCCGAUCGACCUGGCGGCUACUACGCGGCUCCCCCACCGGGCCCACCGACGUCCUACGAAGUGCAGCAUCCGAGCCGAUGGGAAUCCCUAGCUUACUACCGAUACGAUUACCACGCACCCUUCGCCACCCCGUCACCGCCGACCUUGGUGCCACCCCUGCAGGCGAGACUGUCGGUCGAUCAGGACGAUCGACAGUUUUCUUAUGAAGCGCGUCACUAAUGUCGUCUUUUUCGAGAAAUUGAUUGAUCCUUUGAGUAUUUUAAGAAAAGUAUCGCUGUCUCAAUAAGCACAGAUAGCUUUCUUCAAUGAAGAAACGCUAUAUUAGACUCGCUAUAUAUUUUGGAUUUCAUGAUUUUGGCUUCAGACUCAUUGGCUUUAUUGGCCUUGAAAACAUUUAAUUAUCAAG